AUGAGUGCUUCUAGUCCUAGUCAAGCUAAAGAACAAGAUGAUGAUACCAAACCUUUAUGGACCUAUGUUACAAAGAUAAAAAGUGUAGGUGGUGGUGGAAAUUAUGAGAUAAAAUGCAAUAUUUGUGAUUUUACCUUUAAUGGAUCUUACACUAGAGUGAGGGCACACUUGUUGAAGAUGACUGGAAAGGGAGUUAGAGUUUGUCAAAAGGUAACAAUUGACAGACUUAUAGAUUUGAAGAAGAUAGACAAUGAGACAACAUUAAGGGUGGAGAAGUCAAAAACAAAAUCUGUAUCAUUGCCUCCGGUUUCUACUCAACACCAAAUGGAUACAAACACUCUUGGUGUUGAUCCAAAAAAGAGAAAGACAUCAACUGUAGAAAACGCCUUUAAUUUGCAAGCUAGAGAGACACUUGAUCAUGAAAUUGCUAGGAUGUUUUACUCUUCGGGGCUGCCUUUUCAUUUAGCAAGAAAUCCUCAUUAUAGGAAGGCGUUUGCCUAUGCCGCCAACAAUCAGAUCAGUGGUUACCAACCUCCAGGUUAUAAUAAAUUAAGGACAACAUUACUUCAAAAUGAGAGGAGACAUGUGGAGAACUUGUUACAACCAAUUAAAAAUGCAUGGAGCCAGAAGGGUGUGAGCAUUGUUAGUGAUGGAUGGAGUGACCCGCAAAGAAGAUCUCUUAUUAAUUUCAUGGCUGUCACAGAGAGUGGACCAAUGUUUUUAAUGGCCAUCGAUUGUUCAAAUGAGAUCAAAGACAAGGAUUUCAUUUCCAAACUUAUGAGGGAGGUAAUUAUGGAGGUUGGUCACUCAAAUGUUGUGCAAAUAGUGACGGAUAAUGCAGUCGUUUGUAAAGCAGCAGGUUUAAUAAUUGAGGCUGAGUUUCCUUCCAUCUAUUGGACUUCAUGUGUUGUCCACACAUUAAAUCUUGCUUUGAAGAACAUAUGUGCAACCAAGAAUACAGAAAAAAACAAUGUUAUUUAUGAAGAAUGUUCUUGGAUCACCCAAAUUGCGGAUGAUGCAAUGUUUGUGAAAAUUUUUGUCAUGAGUCACUCUAUGAGACUAUCAAUUUUCAAUUUAUUCAAUUCAUUGAAAUUACUAUCCAUUGCUCCAACAAGAUUUGCCUCCACUAUUGUAAUGCUCAAGAGAUUCAAGCAAUUGAAGAAAUGA